CACCUCUCAGGAAUACGCUCUUCAAAAGUGGAAAGAGCCCAUUCUACAAUGAUGAAUGCCGACAUGGAUGCUGUUGAGGCUGAGAAUCAGGUGGAAUUAGAAGAGAAAACACGGCUUAUUAAUCAAGUUUUGGAACUACAGCACACACUUGAAGAUCUCUCGGCACGAGUAGAUGCUGUUAAGGAAGAAAACUUGAAACUGAAAUCAGAAAACCAAGUUCUUGGACAGUAUAUAGAAAAUCUGAUGUCAGCGUCUAGUGUUUUCCAAACAACUGACACAAAAAGCAAAAGGAAGUAAGGGUUGACUCACAGAUGAUGUCAUUGUAUUGCUGCUGUCUUUUUUUGUUUUAAUUGGCAUAGGCUACAUGAGCUAAAAUACCUUAGUUUGUGGCUUUACUGGAUACCUGAAGAUUAUAAACUUUGGUGAUAAACAGAAUUAAGAACAUUAUCAUGAACAGGAGACAUAAAUUGUGUAUUGUUAAGAUUAAGCAAUGUGCAAAUGUAGCGUAGAGACUUACUAAACUUUUGUAUUUGUUUUAAAAAUGAGCGUAUCUUGUUAAAAAUGGGAUUCAGUUUGUCAGGUUAAACAAAAGUCUGUUGGCGCUCUUUGAGGUCUUAGGGGAGUGUUCUUGACUAGCAAAAUAAUACAGUUACAAUAUUGUGUUGAAACCUCAUUUGGUAAGAAUAUUCAAAGUCUAACUGCAUCACCUUU